GAAAGGCAAGUCCUAUCGAUAUGUUGACAUUCAGUCUUGUUAAUAUGAAAGUAAGUGUUGUAGCAGACGUGUUGACUAUGGAAAAUUGGAGAGACGUGUGCAAUGAAUGUUUAUGAAUAAUGAGCACAAUCGACGUAUAAGAAAUUCUGUUAUGUUAAGUGAGCAGGUGUAAUUUUAAUCUGAGUUUCCAUUUACGCUACUGUAAUCACAAUGCCUGCAGUUGUGGUGGGUCGUCCGAAAAAGGAAAAGGAAGAUAUGUGGGAAGCGCUUAAGGCGCAUAUAAUUCGAGAGAGGCAGAGAAAGAAACAAGAACAAGAAGCAGAUGCUGAAGUGGAAAGGCAAAGAAAAGAGCGUGAAAGGCAACAGAAACAAGAUGUUAUGACUUUGGGUGAAACACGUGAACAGAUAUCGCAACUUGAGACUCGACUCGCUCAACUUAAAGAUGAGAAGCAUCAACUUUUUCUGCAGCUGAAGAAAGUACUGAAUGAAGACGAUCGCCGGAGACAGCUAGUCAAAGAAUCUAGUGACAUGAUGAGUAUGCAUGCAUAUCCUGCAAUGGCUUUAGGAGGCCAUCCACAAAUAUUUCUACAACAAAACAUCCCUUUGGCAGGCCGUGCACCGAUCUACAAAGUUGCUCCACCACAUGGACAGCAUACACUUUUGCCUGCGGGUGCUUUAAAAAGAACUCGCACACCUUCUCCACCACCUUCAAACUACCAUCAGGGUUAUGGGUACAAACCAGGAACAGUUCCUGCAUAUUCCCAGCAAAAAGUAGAUGAUGGCCGUAGGGGACACGAGUAUGUUCGUGCUGUUUUGUGGAAUAAGGGGACACAGUAUGCCAACUCUCAGCCUUUCUACCCUCCUGCGGUGACGACAGUCAGCUACGCUCCAUCUCCUGGCAGUGGACAGACUGUGUAUACUUACACUUCACAGUAUCCGCAGCCAGCAGCCCCACCACGUGACGAGGGAAAACAGCCUCAGCAACAGCACAGCAUCUAUCUUGGACAACCACGUACCAGUGUGGCACCACAUAGCCAAGCAUACAUGGCUCCAUUGCACCAACCAAUGGAACAUAGUUCUCAGAAAGGGGCAGCAGCUUUUCAGACUGCACAGGAAGCUGCUGACAAAUAUUACCAGGUGCCAUCCAUCAGACCUGCAACACAUGUUCCAAUACAUGGUGGUGCCAUUCCUAUACAGCAGCCACCACAGGGUGCUAAGACUGGAAGUAUUACAUCUGGCUAUCCAAUCAGAGCCCAGCCAGUGUCUGCACAACCGCAGCACAACAGUUCUCAUGUUACCAGCAGCAGCUAUCAACCAGGAGUGUCAGCAUCCCAUAGUGUGUAUGUUACGCAGGCACAAAGUAAUCGUCUAUUGUACAGCCAAGCUGGUCCACCUGGUCACCAGGCACCUCCACAAAAUAGAUAUGUUACCAGCAUGCAGCGGGAAAUGUGAGAAGCUUGGAGAAGAUAUGUAUGAAGAGACAGAAUACAAAGUUAAUUGAUCAGAUAACCUUUGUAAAAGCAUACUGUUGACAAAAUUGCCAAGUGUUUCAGCCACUGUUGUUUGAAACCAGUGAAUUCACAUUAGUUUUCAGUUAUCUGAUAAACGGUGACAGUAUAUACAAGAAAAUAUUUACUAUGUUUUUUAGAAGGUUAGUAUUUUUGUUCGCAUGAAAGUACCUCUAACAUGACAUCACCAUAGACUACUUUAGACUGGACAUCUCAUCUGCUUGGUACAAACUAUGCACAGAAAGUCUUCUUCUCAAAAUGUUUAAUGCCCUUUAAGAUUUUUGCGGUAGCUUUUGGGUGUGAGCUCUCCAGGCUGUUAUUAAUACUAUUGUUAAAUUUUUUGAUCCGUGAAAUGUUGCAUGUACCAUCCUUACAUUUCUUUACAGGCAGGAACCAGUAGGUGUCCUAUUUUUACAUUGCUUACAGGCCCAUUUGUACAAAUUUUCAAUCCUUUGCUUUCAUUUUUCCACAUUUCACACAAUUUUUUUUCCUAUUUAAAAUUUUUUGUGUUACUUGCUGUUUUAAUAACUAUUGAAUUUUAAAAAUAAUUUAUUUUUGUUUUUCUUAUUGUUUAAUCUGGCUUGCAACACUAGUAUGGAGGAAUUAAAAGAAAUGGCACAUUAAAGGAAGUGGCAUGAGUUCAGAGCGCAUCAUAUAAGUUACAGUUGUUUCUUCACGUGUUUGGUGAUUAUGGCAAAACUUUUGUGCACAAUUUGAGAGUAAAUGAGAACAUCCCAUACAUGUUCAGUCAUUUAGACACCUUUGUUAAUAAUAAUAUUUUUCUUGUGUACUUAAACUGAAUAUUUGUCAGUAUUUUUAGGCAAUAUAUGAGGCGAAAUGUAUAGUCUGCAUAAUUAAACACUUACAAACUACACACACAGUGUUGAUAUGCUACAUAUUAUUGUCUUUUUGUAAUUAAUUGUUUUAAUAAACAUGAGAACAGUACUUAA